GUACACCUGUGCAAGACUGAAGGGGAGGAGCCGUACACCUGUGCAAGACUGAAGGGGAGGAGCCGGUACACCUGUGCAAGACUGAAGGGGAGGAGCUGGUACAACUGUGCAAGACUGAAGGGGAGGAGCUGGUACAACUGUGCAAGACUGAAGGGGAGGGGCUGGCACACCUGUGCAAGACUGAAGGGGAGGAGCCGGUACACCUGUGCAAGACUGAUGGGGAGGAGCCGGUACACCUGUGCAAGACUGAAGGGAAGGAGCUGGUACAACUGUACAAGACUAAAGGGGAGGAUCCAG